AUCAGUAAACUACAUUAUGUGCAUUUGUUGUUUCAAAAAAUGUACCAAGAAAUAAUAAAUUAUUAACAAAGACAGCACCGCUGCUCAAAAAGAUGUGUGUAAAUGUUGAAUUUAUUUUGCCAGUAAUACAAAAAUUUAUGUUCGUAUAUUCGUUGCAAUGUGGUUCGCAUUUGAUUUUUUUGUGUACUUUGUUACGAUCAAUAUUCUGCAUAGUCUUCACAACGACAGUCAUUUUGGAAAUACUGAUUAAAGAGUCGUUUCCAUUGGGCCCUUGGCUAGUCGCACGGAAGUUGGAAACAGAUGACGUAUACUUAUUGUAUUACAUACACGUUGUUCUAUUGCUUUGCGAGAGUGUUCUGUUAGUGUUUACGAUUCAUUUAGUCGUUGGUAUAACGAGACACAAGCCACACUUACUGAAACACUAUCUGAUAUGUCGUUUCAUGACAUGGCUUACAGAAGUAGCAUGUUUAGUUACUCUAUGCGUAAUACACGAACUGCUUAUUGGCUGGUAUUUGGGGAUAUUGUUUUUCGUUGUUUUAGAAAUUUAUUUCUUCAUUGUGGUGUAUAGCAAUUAUGUCAAACUGCGUGAAGAUCAGAAAAUACCUUUGUAA